AUAACCCCCCUUUAUCCCCCCCUCCAGCCUAAAGCUCUUUGCACUCAUGAAGACCGACAGCUCGGUGCAGGCGGCUCCGUUCAGCGGGAGGAAGCAGAGUCUGAUCGAGGAUGCUCGGCGGGAGCGCAGCAGCGGCUCCCCGGGCUCUCCGGGGCCCGACCGGUACGGAGACGGCUUCGUUUUCGAGGAGAAGCCGGGCAGGGUCACCGUCAACGUCCUGUUCACCCUCAGCAAUGAGAAAAACUCAGGAUUCUUCAAGACCGGGAAAAUAUUCGAGACAUUUGAAGCUAAACUUCUCCACAUCGAGAGUCGACCGGGGAAGAAGUCAAAGAACAGCACGACGGACCUGGAGUUCUUCAUGAAGUGUGAAGUUCACAGCUCGGACCUCGACGUCUUCAUCAACUCACUGCAGAGAGUGGCUGAGGACGUUCGCUCCAUUCCCGACGAGAAAGUUCCCUGGUUCCCCCAACAGAUAAAAGACCUCGACAGAUGCAACUUGUUAAUAACCAAAUUUGAUCCGGACAUGGACGAAGAGCAUCCGGGAUACAGCGACCCAGAAUACAGAAAAAGACGAGCUUUCAUCUCCGAGCUUGCCUUCACAUACAAACAGGGGGACCCUUUGCCCACUGUGGAGUACACAGCAGAGGAAAUAUCCACAUGGAGGGAGGUGUACCGACAGCUGAGGAGUAUUUACCCCGGUCUGGCCUGCAGGCAGUUUCUGGACGGUCUGCAGCAGCUGGAGAAGGAGUGUGGCUACGGGGAGGACCGCAUCCCUCAGCUCAGGGAGGUUUCUGCAUUCCUGAAAGAGAAAACGGGUUUCCAGCUGCGUCCAGUCGCCGGCCUCCUGUCAGCCAGAGACUUCCUCUACAGUUUGGCCUUCAGGGUGUUCCAGUGCACGCAGUACAUCCGUCACGCCUCUGCGCCCAUGCACUCUCCUGAGCCAGACUGCUGUCACGAGCUGCUCGGACAUAUUCCCAUGCUGGCAGACAAAGAAUUCGCACAGUUUUCCCAGGAGAUUGGACUCGCCUCUCUUGGAGCGUCAGAUGAAGACAUUGAGAAACUGUCAACAUUGUAUUGGUUCACUGUGGAGUUCGGCCUCUGCAAGCAGAAUGGAGCGGUGAAAGCGUACGGCGCUGGACUCCUGUCGUCUUAUGGAGAGCUCGUUUACGCUCUGUCCAAUGAGCCCGAGUAUAAACCGUUUAACCCCGAGGAGACGGCGGUGCAGCCGUACCAGGACCAGACCUACCAGCCCGUUUACUUUGUGUCCGAGAGCUUCGAGGACGCAAAGGCUAAGAUGAGGAGGUACUCCGCAACGAUCAAGCGCCCCUUCACAGUUCGCUACGACCCCUUCACCUGCAGCGUGGAGGUCCUGGAUCAGCCCGGCAAGAUCCAGAACGCUCUGAGCCAGAUGAGGGAAGACCUGAAGACCCUGCACAGCGCCUUGGAGAAGCUGAGUCUAUCCUAAGACCAGGAAAUGUUCCCUGCAGAGAUGAGAGAGUCACACAUACAGACGGAGAAAACUGGAUAAAGAUGGACAUUUGGCCAGUGCAAACUGUACAUGAGAUUACAAACGACAU